GCAACAUGGCGUUGAAUCGCCGACAGACACGACGGCUCCGUCCGCUGCCUCAUUGUUCAGGACUGUGCUGAGAAAGAUCCGCGCACAGGGGCUUUUUACGCGCACCGGCGGGGACAAUAGCGGAUCCCAGGGACGAGAUCGACUGCUUUGCCCAAGACCCAAGAGCUACAUGGCGCUGGUGGAGAGCGCUACUUGGCUCUUCUGUCUGCUCUCUCUGCUCAGCGCGUCGUCCAAACAAGAAAAGUCUGUUUCCGUUGAGCUGAGCUGCGGUGCCGGACCCAGCCAUGUAGUGUUGGAUCCGGGUUCCCCUCUCCUGCUGGACUGCAACCUGGGCGCCAGCGACACGCCUUUCAACGUCACCUGGCUGCGGGAUGGACGGCGUCUGGAGGAGGGCGAGUUCCUGCGCUACCUGCCGAACGGAUCUCUGCUGCUGCUGCCCGGCCACGACAGCGGGGCGCAGGGGGCGUACAGCUGUGUGACCGCCAGCACCCACGGCGCUCUGACCAGCAGGACUGUCAAUGUGCUCCUGGCAAGUCUGUCUCAAUUCCAUCAGGAGCCGUCGCCGCAAACGGUUCCGGUCGGGAACUACGCCCGCUUCGUGUGCCAGAUUGACGGAGUGCCGCCGCCACAAAUAACCUGGGAAAAGGACAAAGAUGCCAUCCCAGAGGACACAAGGUUCAUUUCCCUGCCUAACGGAGUGCUUCAGAUUCUGGAUGUUACCCUGGGAGACCAGGGCGCCUACCGCUGCGCGGCGUCCAACUCAGCCGGGAGGAACCUCAGUCACGAAGCCCAGCUCACUGUCACCACAGACCCUGUCGACGCACCGCUGAGUGUCGCGAUAGCGGUGCCUCCUCAGAACGUCACAAUAGAACUGGGCCGACCCGCUGUGAUGGAGUGUAUUGCACAAGGGCAGCCGAAGCCGCGGGUGUCCUGGAGCAGACUGGACGAAAAACCCAUUUCCUCUGAUGUGGUCGUCCUUGCUACCAACCUGGUGAUCCGAGACACGAGAGGUCAUCACGCCGGCGUGUACGUCUGCAGAGCCAACAAACUCAAGAGCAGGGAGUUUGUCACCGCCGCCGCCGAGCUGCACGUGUCCUCUCCUCCGGUCAUCCUCCAGCCGCCGGAGACCGUCUCGCUCUCCAGGGGAAACACGGCCAGGUUCGUGUGCAACAGCUCCGGGGAACCUCCACCUGUUCUCCACUGGUUGAAGAACGGCCAGCCGGUCAAGUCAUUCAGGCGAGUGAAGAGCCAAAACCCCGGCGUCCUUCUCAUUAACCAGCUGGCGCUGGAGGACGCCGGCUACUACCAGUGUAUCGCCGAGAACAGCCUGGGCACGGCGUGUGCCACCGCCAAGCUGACGGUCAUCGUGCGAGAAGGUCUGCCCAGCCCGCCGCACCACCUCACCGUCACGCCGUACUCCAGCACCACCGCCUGGAUCAGCUGGGAGAAACCCGAACACAACUCGGACCAGAUCAUCGGCUACUCCGUGCACUGCCAGCGCGCGGCAGGCUCCGAUAACGUGGAGUACCAGUUUGCGAUGAAUAAUGACACCACAGACUUCCACGUCAAAGACCUUCUCCCCCACACCGCCUACACCUUCUUUGUUGUGGCGUACUCUCUCAUGGGAGCCAGUCGGCCCUCACAUCCAGUCACCAUCGACAUGCUGGAGGACGUGCCGAGCGCUCCUCCUCAGCUGACUAUCGCCAGCACAUCUCCCACUGACAUCAGGCUGAUGUGGAAUCCUUUGUCCUCCAAACUCAGUCGAGGCGCCGUGACGCGGUACCGUAUCGAGUACAGCACCUUGGAGAAGACCGACCAAGUGUUCUCAGUGGAGGUGGGGGGCAACCAGACCCAGUUCACUCUGCGAGAGUUGCAGCCCAACAUGGCGUACCGACUCAGGAUAGCCGCUGGAACAGGCGUCGGCUUCGGGGUACCGUCCGAGUGGGCUCAGCACCAAACCCUGGCCCACUUCAACCACAGUGACCACAGCAUGGUGAUCUUUGCUCCCACUGACCUGAAGGUGCGACCCAGAGAGAACACCCUAAACGUCUCCUGGCAUCCCUCGCCCAAUCACACCAUCGUGUCCGGUUACAAGCUGUCAUGUCGAGAGGUGGAUGCGGACGGGGCGACCAAACUUGACAAGACGUCGCACACUCACACCAUCAGGCUCCGCAAAAAGGCCCGACAUCAUCUCCUCACUGGGCUGGCUACUGACCAGCAGUACGAGGUGCGAGUCUGGGCCUUCAACAAGCAGAUAGAAGGAUCAGCGUCGGUGUGGAAGGGCCGGACAGACAAGCCGAGUGACAAACCUUCCCCUCUGCCAAUGCGCCCCCCUCCGCUGCCCCCAAGCGCCAUUCAAGCCAGAGCCAACAGCUCGACGUCCAUCUGGCUUCGGUGGGAAAAACCACGCUUCAGUAACGUGCGCAUCAUCAAUUACACAGUGCGCUGCAGCCCAGUCGGGACCACCAACGCUUCCCUGGUCACCUACCACACCAGCUCCGCCCAGGAGAUUCUUCUGGGAGCGCUGAAGCCCUUCACCCGCUACGAGCUGGCCGUGCAGUCCAACAGCGUGGACGUGGUGGGGCCCUUCAGCGGAACGGUGGAGGAGGCCACUCUGUCCGACCGGCCCAGCACACCUCCUCAGGAGCUUCAGCUGAGCACGCUGGGCUCCUCUUCUGUGCUGGUGAGGUGGCGCCCUCCACUGGAGUCCAACGGUGUCAUCGUCAGCUACAGCAUCCUGUGGAGCGACGUCCUCAACCAGCCCGACAGCCUGUGGAGGAAUCUUUCUCAGGAUGGAGAAAUGACCAGCGAGGAGGUCCACGGUCUGCUCAGUGGCACGCAGUACUUUUUCAAAGUGGGAGCGUCGACUGUGGUUGGACCGGGACCGUAUUCGGCUGUCAAGGAUGUCUACACUCCCGUUCCGAUGUACGAGCUGGACGUCCACGCAGUGACCGGCAUCAUAGUCGGCGUGUGUCUGGGCCUCAUCUGCAUCCUUCUCUGCAUGUGCUUCAGCUUUCGGAACGGCAAGAGCAGAGAAGCUCAUGGUGGCUUGGACUCCACAGCUGUGGCCCUUCAGUACCGAAGAGGAGGCUACCCCAUUUCCUCUGACAUGCCGGGGUGCACUGACAGCCACGAGCUGGACACCCUCGUGCCCCCGUCCUGCCAAGACUCGGGUGAGCAGCGCGAGGAGGCCCCGGAGGAGCAAACCCUGCUGGCGGCUCCGGGGGGCGCGGAGGACGACCUUGCGUCCGAGCUGAAGGCUGCUUGGAACGGCUCUGUGAGUCAUAACUGGGCCAACAGAAUCACUCGAUACAGGGACACCAUAACAGAAGACUCUCCCAAACUCAUUAACGGAGCGCUCGCCAUAACUAAUGAUAACGCCACGGAUGUGGACAGGAGGAAGUGUGCGACCGUCUCCAGCAACCAGGUGGAGGCUGAAGUCAUCGUUCACUCUGAGCUCCUGGACCUCGGGAGAGCGAAGGCGGACAACGAGAACGAUGGGAAAAGUGGGCCGCCAUUACCAGCGGACCGCUACUCUCUGGUGAGCCUGCCUGCCGAGGAGGAAACUCUGGAAAGCCCCCCGAGUCUUCCCCCGGUGAAACCGCUGGCUAAUCACCACCAGGAGCAAGAGAGCAAGACACAGCACACAAGCGCCGAUUUGGUCCGGCACCAGGACGUGGGGCUGACUAAUGGGUUCCACUCACCUAAGACGCUGUGCCCGGUCCUGGAAAACGGCGACUCGAGACAUUGCCCUUCCGCCCCAGGGAGAUCCAUCUCGGCGGCCCCCUUUGUUAGCUCCGGUCUUGUCCACUCUACCUCAACGACACACAGUUUUCUGUGCCCAUAACAACCGGUCACACGUCUCUCACCCACUUGGGGGGCAUUUUUCACCCCCCCACAUUUCUUCCUUUGAAAUGAACUUGUUUCAUACGUGUACAUAUGAACACAUGAAUAUAAAUAUAUAAAUAUAUGCUAUAUCCUUUGUUGUACUUGACGUUCUCCCUGGUACUGAGAGAAGUUUUCGAUUCCCACCUGGCCCGACAUGACUCACUUCCGCUCAAGAGAGUCCGUAACGCUGGUGGGUGGAGAAACCAGGACACCGCAGUCAGGACGAGCGGAAGCCUCUAGGGGGCGCUCCAGAAUCGACAGAGGAAUCAGCCUUAUAGAGCACAUGUGUGGCUCUCUUGUAAACAACUUCCUGCUGUCUCAGGGUCCACACACACACACACACACACACACACACACACACACACACACACACACACACACACACACACACACACACAAGACGCAUGCCUGUCUUAACAGUAGCUCACGUACUUGGACAAACCUCCAGGUGUCAGGUGCGAACUCUCAGGUGCCCGACGUGUUCAGGCACAGUGUUCUCUUGCCGAAAACACGACGGGGACGAACUCUAUUGUAUGUUUUUAUUGUUUCAAUAUUGAUGUGUAUUCAGGUGAGAAUUGUACGAACCAGCCUCUUUGAUGACUUUUUCACAGGGUGCUAUUCAUGGCUUCGGACGAUUCCGGCACGAUUGGGAUAUCGAGAAGCACAAGUUUUCAAUUCUAAUGGGGACCAUCUAACAUUUAUUACGACACUUUGGUGUUUGUUGGUAGUUUUCGUUUCACACAAGUUUAGUUUUCUUAAAAUUUGGCCUAGAACUGAAGUCGCUUUUAGGACCUGUAACGCAUUACUUCUUUUUCCAUUCAUUGUAAUGGGAAAAUCGAUUCAGAUUUCAAACUAUUCUCUUCUCGAACGGCCGUCUGGAACGGAUUGUGGUCGAGAAUGAUGAGGCUUCAUGAAGCAGUGUCCUCACUUUCAUAUCCCACUCGGUUGCACUCUAUGCUCUAAAGGUUUUGGAUUUCAAUAACCGUUUCAAUGAAACUUACGUUGUUUUUGAACUUAGAGCACCCCCAAAAGGAGACCACUGUUUCAUGAAGCUUCAUCAGCGAUACACUACCUUUAAUGGCAGUGAUAUUCACUGCUGUGGUCCAAAAGUGAAGUGGUCCAAAAGAAAAAAAAAAGAAAGAAAGAAAGAAAAUGGCUGACGACGUACAUGAAGUGAAACUCAUUUUGUCAUAUUCUAAAUACGCUCAGAUCUUAGCACAAAAAAAACAUAUAUAAUAUUAACAGUUUCUACAGAUAUUGGAAAACAAAAAAACUAGUUUUGGACACAGUUGGUCCAGCGCCACUAAAAUUGGUGAGGGAGCACACUGGAAGACAAAGGUUGAGAGGAAAACAUUUCAGGCUGAAUCCUCCUGAAACUUAAAAUUAGUCGCUGAACACAUCAUUAUUAUUAUUAUUAUUUAUUGUUAUUUCUGAGCUACAGCUGAGAAAACAAUAACUGAGCGACUGACUAUUUGAAAGCAUUUUUCAUAAUUUUGGAGAAAUGAAUAUGGUGAAAAAGUUUAAGAUCCAAACACCAACAAAAUAUAGCAGAUAGUUUUAUUCUCACUCGUGUAUCAAGUGUCCAAAUGAUUCUUUUUAGCGUCUUUCUUUUUUGUCCAGUAACCAAUAAUUGGCUCCAUAAGGCAACAUAUUAACCUUCAUGAUCUUGAAAUAAUGUGCUGCAGAAUUGUGAAUUGGUGACUUUUGGCUGGUACAAACCUAUUUCAAAGUGAACCGGGGGAAAAAAGUGAUUGUGUUUCAAAAGAACGAGGCCGGAAAACUGGCCUGUUGUGAUGAUCUAUUUAAUAUUACAAAGGCGUCAGACAGACUGGUUCGCACAGUUCUCCUCCCAGUGAGCCAGCAGUGGUUUGUGCAGUGUCACUGGUGCAUUCCUCCAACAACGCUACCUCAUUUCUUUUUCAGGACGGUUCCCUGUGUGGUUUAAUAUUUGACUUUUUUGAUGGGAUUUUUUUUUUUUUUUUCAAUUUGACAACCUCUUGGCAGGAAUUCUUGUCCGACGAUGACCGUAUCACUUUAAUGCUAUUCCAACUUCCUGGCAAGUCUCUGAGAGAUUCAGUGGUUUCACAUGGAAAACAAAGGGCCUGGUUGUCAAGCCAGCGCUGGGGGGUUCGCAGUACUGCAGUAGGAAGAGGACGGUGCUCGCGCCGGGUGGGUCGCUCUUUGUGUGUCGGAUUGGAACUGUCUUUUUAAUGCAUGACUGAGUCUCACUUCAGUCGCCUCGCCAUGUUUGAAUAUUCAACCGGCUCUGUCGUCCUGUUCACGGAACAUAGAGCGUCGUGAUCUCGCAGUUAUGAUGUCGAAUUAAAAAGCUUAAAGGCCCCAUAGAUUUCAGGUUUGUCCCGCCUGAAUACUUCUGCUUUAUGAGGUGCAGCAGAUAUACAUCACCCCGAAAACUACAGCAGCUUAAACUGCAGUGAAUUUGCAGCAAGAUGCCAGGGGAAAUGUAUUUUGUUUACUCCAGAUAUUCAAACAUUUGGCUUCAAAAGCAUCACGUUCAGGAAGUGUAAAUACACCCAUGUGCAGUGAACCAAGGAGUCCAUCUUGCAUUAAAUGCAUCUUACACCAACCUGAGGGUUGUUAAACCUCAGUCCAGUCUGGGGAACAAAAAAGUUAUUUUACUUAAAUGAAUCUCCAAACUGCACAUUUUGUUUGCAUCCACCACAAUUCUCAUUUUAUUAGCAUCAUUUAAUUUAAUGCCUUGGUCAAACUACGAAGCUUCAUGAAGUGUCAUCUCCACUUAUGGACUGAAGUAGAUGGCACCAAGUGAGCCAUCAUUUCCAGAACCCACUAGAUGGCACCCUCUGAACUGAUGUUUUCAGAUUUGAUCAAUCAGUUAAAUGGAACCUCGCAUCAUUUUUAGACCGAGAGCGCCACCUACUGAGCUCAGAAAAAAGAGGACACUGUUUCAUGAAGCCUCAUCACGAACCCAGGGUCUCAAAAACACAGCAACUGAGAGGUUUUGCAAAACAAUUUACACCACACAGAAACUGGAAUCUGUGGGCCCUUCAGGUGACUAAAGCAUCAUUUCAUAUGUGACUCUGGACGGCAUCACUGAAACGCAGAGGCAACGUCUGGAAGACCAUUCCACGACAGCAUAGCGACAUACCUCAGCGGUCCUCGGCAGUCGACCUGUCGACAAGUGCGAUCGCCGCAAAGUGUUCCUGCGACUCAGUUCAAAUGUAGCUUCGGGUCAUGUGGUCUGUGGAUCCUUCAGGCGCUUUACAUUCCUGCGUCGACCUCUGCGAACUCUCCGACCUGGCGACGAAGACGAUGAUAGUUGAAGCCUCACCGAAUGUCUUUUUUUUUUAACUUGUGGUUUUUCAAUAAUCGUUUUGUAGUUUUUGUAUGCAAAGACUGUGUUGACGGUGCGUUUACAAGGACGGCAAUAUCACCAGUUCCCGGUGUAGCCUCUUUAGCUUGUUAGCUUUGGAGUCUGAAAUCGUUUGCCUUGUUUCACUGUAAAACAUGCUGAACUCUGUAGCGCAUUUUAUUGUUUCUGACCGCAGACUCUCGGUAGAAAGUAUGUCGACAUUCUCCUCGCUCUCCUUCACAGUUCUGACUGAGUCCAGUCAGGAAGUCAGCUUCCAAUAUCCAGGGUAAAAAAAGAAGGUCAAGAAAAGAAGGAAAUAUGGAGUUUUUCUUUUCAGAUUUUGAGACAACAGAGACGGAAAAUUACACACCUUGACAGCGCUUUGUGAACCCGCCAUUUUCAACGUCUUUAUCCAAAGUAAAUACAGAGUUGUCAAGUCAAAGAUUAGAAUCGACACUUGACAAUGACCCUCGUACAAGAGUUUUAUAGCAUUCGUUUAUUUUAUCUGAACACAGUGAUUUUGUGGACAAACCAGUAUUCAACAGUUUCUGUGUGACUGCAGUAAAAUAUUUGAUAAGAAACAAAGAGUGUGGAACUGUGAUCUGCAGUCUUUGGGUUCUCCAUGAACAAGGAUGUUCUUUAAAUAGUUAACUGGAAAAAUCUUUUUUUUUUUUUUUUUUUUUUUUGAGGGAGGGUCUCCCUUUUCUCAGAUACUUUUGGCCCAAACUUUGUUGCAAACCUUGGACCACCGCCAGCUUGGUAAACUCAGACUCAAAUUCUUGUCAUUUGUUUGAAUUAAAUGACUGCAAGGCUCUUGUGGAGAACAAAGUCUUUGGCUCCUGUAGUUGGUGGAUAUCUCGACCUUGUUUUGCAGUAUGCGUCGGCAUGAUGGGCCGAUGAGGCUUCAUGAAACAGUGUCCUUAUUUUCGGUGCCCACUAGAGGGCGCUCUCUGCUCAUAAGUCUUUGGAUUUGAACAACCAUUUCAAUGAAACGUCAUGUCACAUUUAAACUGAGAGCGCCACCUACUGAGCUCUGAUAAUCAAGACACUGUUUCAUGAAGCCUCAUCUGUCCCUCUCUAAGUCCCCUUUCUACCUUGGUAUGACUCGGUCAUCCAGCUGGAAAACCAAAACAUUUGACCUCUAGCAUGAGAUCAUUCCUCCAGUCUGUUAUGCCAUGUUUCUAAAGUCAUCUAAACCAGUUUUAUAGCUGCCCAAAUGGGACACUAGCUAUCGGUGUAGUUCGAGCCUUCCGAUGACUGAUGUCUGACGUUGGUCCAAAAUCUGAUUUUGACCGGUGAGAGACCUGGGUCCACUGACACAGCAUUCGGUGUUUGUGGUCUUUUUCUCAGUCAAUUUGUCAAAAUAUACUUCAGUUAUCGUGUGUUGACAAGUACCAGACAACAGUCUUUGCUCAGUGAAGGUGCCACCUUGAAACCUUGCUGCUGCAGGAGAAAGAGAAGACAAAUGGUUUUCUCUUCAGAGUAGAUGGGAAAAGACCCAACUCACUUUGUAAAAAGUUCGAGUGGAAGAUUCCAGCAACAUCUUCGAGCGUCAACCUGUGGUCAGUGGUGGACCUGGCCGGAAGAGGCAAAGCAUUGGCGGCUAAUGAUGAGGCUUCAUGAAACAGUGCCCUCUUUUUCAGAGCCCAGCAGGUGGUGCUCUUGGUUUAGAAAUGAAGUGAGGUUCCAUUGGAAUGGUUGUUUAAAUCCGAAGGUGUUGGAGCAGAGAGUGCCAUCUAGUGGACAAUGAGGGCUCUUCAUGAGGCCCAUGAGCACGGCUUCAGCCCAGUAAUUCAGUUCUGAACUGAACGUCUCCCUGGUUGAUGUCGGAUUUUGGACCUCUGUUGUCAAACACCGCAAUACUGUUCUACACUACAUUUCAUAAUCUGCAAGUGCCAAAUAUCGACGUAUGCAUUCGUCUUCACGACAGGACCAGCCCUGACUCAACAGUGAAGGUCACUGGAAGUCAUCAUCUUCGAUCAGCUCUUGUCAAACGCAUCUGCCGAUUCCGAUAAAUUGCCUCUUCCGCCCGUCGACAGUGCGGGGCGAGGAAAGGAAAAACGCUUCCCUGGAACGCUCAUACCUCUCCGUGCAGGACUUUAUCUACUCAGGGGUCACGUUUGUUUUCCCAUAUCCUCGUGAACUAUCACGCCAGCAGAUCUGACUGAAGAUUUUUUUGUUGAGAAGCAAACUCAUCCGAUCUCUUCAGGGGAAUUCUUAGAAGAUCUAUUUUCUGUUUUUGGAUAACAAUGUAAAUUCAGGUUCUUUGUUGUGAGACUCUGUAUCCAGCAACGUUUCCUCUGGUGUUCUCUGCAUGUACAAACCGAAUCAGACGGUCUCACAUCUCAAGUCGUCUCGUGCCAAACUGGUCCUUCAACAAGUCACGGAGUUCUGACCACCGUGUGUACAUUUCCAGCUGCCACAGACGUGUAUAAUGAUGUUCGUCAUGACGACCCUUGCCGUGAUUUGUGGUAGAAUACUUGCUUGUUAACAGGGUUCUUAGUGUCUGGCUUUUUUAUGGAACACUUUUCACUGUGGUACCAAAUGUAACACGCGGGAGUUACUGCAAGUCACAUGUG